CCCGGAAGUGGGUUGUAGGCCGUUGAGUCCGGGUCCUGGGCCUCGCUGGGCGGGGUGGCUGGGCUUCUGCUACCGACAUGGCGGACCCCGACCCCCGGUACCCCUGCUCCUCUAUCGAGGACGACUUCAACUAUGGCAGCUGCGUGGCCUCUGCCAGUGUGCAUAUCCGAAUGGGCUUUUUAAGAAAAGUCUACAGCAUCCUUUUUCUCCAAGUUCUCUUAACUACAGUGACAUCUUCUUUUUUUAUAUACUUUGAAUCUAUACGGACAUUUGUACAUGAGAGUCCUGCCUUAAUUUUGGUGUUUGCCCUUGGAUCUUUGGGUUUGAUUUUAGCAUUGACCGUAAACAGACAUAAGCAUCCCCUUAACCUGUACCUGCUUUUUGGAUUUACACUAUUCGAAGCUCUGUCUGUGGCCUUUGUUGUUACUUUCUAUGACAUAUAUAUUGUUCUGCAAGCAUUUAUACUCACCACUGCCGUGUUUCUUGGUUUGACUGUAUAUACUCUCCAAUCUAAGAGAGACUUCAGCAAACUUGGAGCAGGACUGUUUGCUGUUUUGUGGAUUUUGUGCUUGUCAGGAAUCUUGAAGUUAUUUUUCUACAGUGAAACACUGGAGUUGGUCUUGGCUGCUGUAGGAGCCCUUCUUUUCUGCGGAUUCAUCAUCUAUGACACACACUCUCUGAUGCACAGGCUGUCACCAGAAGAGUAUGUAUUAGCUGCCAUCAGCCUCUACUUGGAUGUCAUCAAUCUAUUCCUGCACCUGUUGCGGGUUUUGGAAGCAGCUAAUAAAAAGUGAUUGAGAGGACUGUUUGGAAACUGAUUCAUUAAGGAGUAAAGUUUGAGAUAAAAUUAACUAGUAAAUACUUUUGUGACUUUAUGUAUAUGCUAUGUACUUCUGAGCCAUUACUAUAAUAUAGUAUAAUAUUAUAGUAUUGUAGAAUACUAUAGCAUAGUAUUAUACUAUAUUAUAGUAUAAUAGUAAUCUCCAUAUUACUGUUAUGAUAGUAAUUAUAAAUAUAUGUAACAUAUAUGAUAAUAAAUAUAUAAUUACCAGAUUAUAUACUAGUAAUGUAAAUCUCACUAUUCUUUAUGGUAUCUCAUUGCUAAAUCUUUGAUUUAGAAUCUCAUGUAGGAGAUACUAAAAAUCUGUUUUUCAAUUUUUUCCAUCCUAAAUUUGCCAUAUGUAGAUUGUUCAUCUGAAAUUCAAAAAUAAUUUCAUGAGUAGAUUAGACUAUCAAUUGAUGUGUCUAGUGACUUUAUCUAAAGUUUUCCUUAAUUAACAUUAGAAUUGAUUUUGAUUUUAAAAUACUUGUGUCCUUACCAUUAUAAAGUAUAAGUUUCCUUUUAUUAGGAACUUUUAAUGUUACUUAGAAAAGAAAAGGCAUAAACGAUAAAUCCUACAGAAUUAUUCAGCAUUAUAUUAAAAUUAUAUUAAAGUGUUAAUGACAUUUUGUUUAUAAAAUGUACUAAAAAUUAGAUGUCUUCUUGAAAAUCAGAUGUUUUGACAUAAAAUUUGACAUUAUUAGUUUAAGUACAGGUUUCAUUUAAAAAUUAUAGCGGUGUACCAGUAGCCAAGCAAACUUUGGCAGAUUCCUUUAUUAAGUUUGCUAGGGGGCUGUAACAGUGUACCACAGACUGGGUAGCUGAAACAGAAGAUGAUUUUCUCACAGUUCUGGAGAAGCUAGAAGUCUGAGAUCAUGCUUGGUUUCUUCUGCGGUCUCCCUCUUGGCUGGUAGAUGGUCAUCGUCCCAUGGUUUUACAUGCUUUUCUCUCUCUGUACUUUCCUGUGUCCAAAUUUCCUCUUCUUACAAGGACACAGGUAAUAUUGGAUUAGGGCCCACCCUUCUGGCCUCAUUUUGCUUUAUGUCUUUAAAGACUCUAUCUCCAAAUAUGGUCACAUUCUGAGGUACUAGGGGUUAGGGCCCUGUAAUAAUUUAGAGUGUUUGUAUCCUCCCCACCCUCCAUUCACAUCUGGAAACUUGAUGCCCAGGCUGAUGGUAUGAGGAGCUUGGACUUCUGGGACACGCUUAGGUCAUGAGGAUGGAUCUUUCAUGAAUGGGGAUAGUACACUUAACAAAAGUGACCCCACAGAGGUUUUCUCACCCUUUCUGUCACAUGAGGUAACAGUGAAAAGACACAAUCAAUGAACCAGGGAAAUGGCCUUUAACCAGACACGACUGAAUCUGCCAGCACCUGUGAAAAAUAGCAUUUCUGUUGUUUCUAACUACCCAGUCUCUAGUAUUUUGUUAUGGCAGCUCAAGUAGACUAAGAUAGAUAUGAGUUUUGGGGGAUGUAACCUAGCCCAUAAUCUCCACGAAACAUCAUUUCCCAGCUAUUAAGUUGAAAUAAAUUAAUAAUACAGAUUUAGCUUCUGGUGAGUUUUAGAUGUAAAUUUGACUCCCAUCAUUAUCACCUAAUUGUUGACUACCCAAUCACAUGAUGCUCUCCUCAAGUUUAACAUAGUGUUGUGGGUAAGAGCAUUGAAAUUGGAAUCUUUGCUAUGCGACCAACUGAUGUGAUUUUUGACAAUUGAAUUAUUCUUUCUUAUUUAGCUCUUUAUCUCAUCCUUCUAAUGGGAGUAAUAAUACCUAUCUUAUUGGGUUGUCACAAGGAUUAAAUGAGAUGGAUAUAUCAUAUAAGUGCUUAUUUAAUGUCAGCUAUUAUUGAUAUUUAUUAUUGGCCAUCCAAAGAGAGAAUGUAAUGAAUUGUGACUAAAGAUACUAAAGAAGCAAAAAGAGAUUUGACAUUUAAAAAAAGUAAAACAAUGUCAUUCUUUUCAGUGAUUUAUUUUAAACAUAAUGUCAAUAUGUAAUUCAUUUAUCUUUUUUAAGUGACAAAUGUAAGAAAUGGUUUUGAUUUCUGAUAUGAUAAAUGUUCAAUUUCUAAGAGUGUGAAGAGAUCACAAGACCAAGAAGUUUGAAAACCACUGAUGUAGACUGUAUUUCAUAAACGAACUGUAGUUAUUCAUA